AGUUAACACUGACACAUUUACAAGAAAUUACGCCCAUCAAUACUACUACUACUACUACUACUACUACUACUACUACUACUACUACUACUACUACUACUACUACUACUACUACUACUACUACUACUACUACUACUACUACUACUACUACUACUACUACUACUACUACUACUACUACUACUACUACUACUACUACUACUACUACUACUACUACUACUACUACUACUACUACUACUACUACUACUACUACUACUACUACUACUACUAACAUUAAUAAUAAUAAUAAUAAUAAUACGUUAGUUACUAGAUUCAUAAGCGUUGAAUCUCAACGAUGUUCGACGUGA